GGGAUGGGCGGCGAGGAUUGGAGGACUGGCGGCGGGACGGAGAGUUUCGAGUCUGGUUUUGCGCGGGAAUUGGAACGGCCGCCGCCGCUGCCGACAGGAGCCUGCGAGCUGCAGGUUUCCAGCCUUGCAGGGGACCAUGGUGCGGCCUGCGAGGCACAAGAAGCCAGUCAACUACUCCCAGUUUGAGGACUCUGAUAGUGAUGAUGAUUUUGUUCCUGCAACCGCACCGUUAAAUAAAAAAUCCAGAACUACACAAAAGGAGUUAAAACUAGAAAAACCAGAACCUAAACUGAAGAAUCUCCAGGAAAAAGACAUCCCACUACAAGAGAAAACCCCUAAAAAAAGAAUGCCUUUAGAUGAUAAGCUCUACCAGAGAGACCUAGAAGUCGCACUGGCUUUAUCAGUGAAGGAACUUCCAACCGUCACCAUUGAUGUGGAGGAGUCUCAAGAUAAAAACAUUGACAAACAUGGCAAUAGUGAAACAGAAGCAAUGAGUAAGUCUCCUCAUAUCUCCAAUUGCAGUGUAGCCAGUGAUUAUUUAGAUCUGGAUAAGAUCAAUGAGGAGGAGGAUUCCCAGGGUUCUCAGCGGAGAAGAAAAGCGGCAUCCCAAGCCGUGGUCCAGCAGAGGAAGAUUCUUUUGGAAAGCAGUGACGGCGACGGUGCUGAUGACUCCGAACCAGACUUUGCAACUGGUGAGGAUUCUGAGGACGAUUCUGAUUUUAGUGAGAGUGAAGAUGAUGAAAAUUUCACUGUGAGAAAAAAUAAAGUUAAAGAAAUUAAAAAGAAAGAAGUGAAAGGGAAAUCUCCAGUUGAAAAGAAAGAGAAGAAAGCCAAAUCCAAACGGGAUAAUGUGGUGACUUCAGUAGAUUCUGCUCCUGCUGCUGUCAAGUCAGAAUCUUGGCCCUCACCGAAAAAGGUUUCUCCUUCUUCAGAGGCCACUAGGAAGCCGUUACAAAUACGAAGUCCUCCAGCUGAAAGCAAGAGACCUAAGUGGGUCCCACCAGCGGUGUCCGGAAGCAGCAGCAGUAGCCCACUGGCAGGAGUGUCUGUGAAGUCUCCAACUCAGAGUCUCCGCCUUGGCUUGUCCCGAUUAGCACGAGUUAAACCUUUGCAUCCAAAUGCUGCUAGUAGCUGAGUGUAGUGGCAAGAAAAUGUUUGAUUAAGAAGAUCUCACUUUCAUAAGCAUGUUUAUAUUUGUGUUUAUAUUUGAGGAGGGUAUUGUAAUAUAAAUGAAUCCUUUAACGUUGUAUAAAUGAUCUCUACCUGUUUUGUGAUUGUUCUCUGAAAAGCUAUCUGAGACUUCAGUAAGAGGUUUGUUUAUAAGAAUUAUCUUGGAAUGUCAUUCCCUUCUGAAGAGCAUAUUCUCUUUCCCUUAUAUGUAUAUAAUAGGUCAUUGUCAUUACGUGGCCGUCAAUUUGACACAGAGGAUGUCCCCGUUACAUGUUCUUUCCUAGUAACAUGCCCGAUGCUUCUUUCUGGCUUUGUCUGGUUUACGGCACCUGAAAUUUAACUGUGCGGAGUUUAUCUGGCAGAAGGAAAAUUCCCAUUUCUCCCAGGAGACAUUUCUGAAAUCUUAUAAGUUACUUAACCUGCAUUGUCAAUUUUGUUGCAAUGAUGUUUCAUGUUUUAGCCAAAUGUUUUUAUAUUAAGAAUUCAGAAUAAUUUUCCAUAUUAAAACAGUUGCUAUGCUAGAGUGUAUGUCUCCUACUUCGAAGUAGAUGGUUAGAUAGCAAAUAGAAUUUCGUGACAUUUUACGAAGCCCUCAUUGUCAAAACCUUUAAUAAAAGUGAAAAAGUUGUGAUAUGCACUUUUCCUUGAUACUAAUGCAUCCAUCUGUCUCUACAUUUCAUGAUAAAAUGAGUGCUUUGCAAAAAAAUAUUAGCCUUUUUGUUGUAAAUAUAAAUGGGAAAAGCUGUUUCUUAAAGUCGUCACUUUUACAUUAAGCCUGUGCUUUCGAGGCUGGCUGUCAAGUACCUGUCACCCCUGUUGUAUUAGAUAGUACAGCCCUUCAGGAAGCUUAGGCCCUAAUCCACUGUGAGUAGAAAUAGCGAUAGAUAUUUUAUAUUUACGGUGAGAACUUCAACCAAACCAAAUUUCAAUUUUUAAUAAAAAUACUUUGAAUCAUGUUAACCAUUAAAAAAUAUAUAAUACUUAGCUCAGUUCUUCGUUAAUGAAAUAUCUAUGUUAAUGUGAAGAUAAGUAUUUAGAAUUAUGAUUA